AUGGCGAGAAUUAUUUUGAAGCAUACAUUGAUUGGACUGGCCUUUCUGCACAAGAACGACAUCGUUCACGCGGAUUUACAGCCUGGAAAUAUACUUCCAGCCACUUCUGAAAUCGAUGCUCUCUGUGAAGAUGACUUGAAGCAAGAUCAGUCAGGCCAGGAUCACUACCCAAAGCCUCUCACUCUUCAACGAAUUGAUGGCCUCGAAGAUAUAUGGGCUCCUCGUCGCCUAUAUCUAGAUCAAUCACUUCUAAGAUAUACGCCUAUCGACUCCAGGAUGUUGUGGAAGAUCUCAGAUUUUGGUUCCGCGUUCUUGACUCAAACCCCUCCCAAAGCAGUAGUCACACCUGACGCUCUCAGAGCUCCGGAACUCAUAUUGGGAGGAGUAGUCAAUUCAAGCAUUGAUAUCUGGAGCUUCGGAUGCCUUGUUUACGAAUUUCUGACCGGAGACACGCUGUUUUGUGUUCCUAAGCUUGGUCCGAACGAAGAAGAGAGUGGUGACGAUGAUCAUCUGUUGCAGAUGAACGAUAUCUUGGGACCAUUGCCGGAGGCCUGGCUCAAACAUAAGUGGCCACGCGCCAACCAAUAUUUUGGUCCUAAUCGGGAGAGGUUGGAUCCGAACGCCGGCCAGAAUGCUGGUUAUCAGCAAGAACCAUAUAUCGACGAGCCUCUGGAGCUCUUAUUCGAGAAGAAUAAGCCCGAGGACAUGGAUGGGACAGAAGCAAGCGUGAUCACAUCUCUUAUCCGAAGCAUACUUCAGUAUGAUCCGUCACAGAGACCGUCAGCUGCAAAACUUCUAGAACACCCUUGGUUUCAAGACUGA